CGCGCGCACGCCCGCGCCGCUCGCCGGAGCCAUGGCCGGCGUCCCCGCGGAGGCGGCGCGGCGCUCGUGCACGUGUCAGCGCCCGCGGGGGCUCGGCCGGCGCGCGGGGCGGGCGCAGGACCCCCGCGCCGCACAUUCCGGAGGUCGCGGGCCGCAGGGCGGGCCGGGCCCGCGCUGCGGCGGGUGUCUCGCUGGCCCGGCCGCAGUUUGAGGGCCAGUUGGACGAAGUACUGCCCAAGGGGCACAAAGCUGCGGGCGCGCGUGCGCGCGAGAAGCGAUGCGGGCGGGCCUCUGCCUUUGUGUCUCCUGCGCUCCCGCGCAGGUGGGCAACCCGCGCCAGGAGCCACUUGGCCCGUGCGCACCCGGACCUCGAGUCCCGCUUUCCGGGCCCGAGGGCUCGGGCCGCCCUUUGCGGCAGACAAUAGACCCUUCUCCCAGUGGCACCGUGGGCUCUAGGGGUGGUUUAUUUGGGGACGCUAACGGGACUUUCUCAGGACCGCUCUCUUAGAGCCCGGCCGCGGGCAUCCGAGUUGGGCGCGUUUUUUUUUCUCCAUCAGGCGAGGGGGGAGAGCUGGGGACAGACUGUCCUCGGCCGAUAGGUACGCGCGAGUGUCCCGAGCCUGCCGGUCCCGCAUUAGACAACAAAGAGAGGCGUUAGCGGCGGCGGGGGAGGGGCGCGGCCGGGAGGAGGACGGGGCGGGCUGCGGCGAGCGCGGGGGUGGGGGGCGCUCGCUCUCGGCUCGCCCUGACCGCGGCCUCCGCCCGCCCCCGGCCCGGCGCGCGCCAAUCGCCUCCCCCAGCGAUAGUGUCAGUAGCAUUGUAGUGUCAGCUCCCGCCGGUGACGUUGCGCCUCCCUCGUCCCCCUCCGGAGCCGUCUGGCUGCAGAGGCUCAGUCAAGAGGCGGGGAGGAGAGGAGGAAAAAGCGCUGAGUGAGGGCGGGCGGGCGGGAGGGAGGGAGUGGAGGAGCCGGGGAGGGGCUCCUUAAAGAAACGCUGCUGUCGCUCGCCUGCUCGCUUCUCGCUCGGCAUUGUGGCCAGCCAGCCGGGCACUCGGGGGGCACGCGCGGCUGCCGCUCGAGCUUUGCCCCCACCCCACCCGCCGGCAGAUCUGGGGUGGGGACCCAGGCGGGGGCUCCUGCGGCCACUGCCCGGCGCCGAUCGCACUGAGCGACCCACUCCUCCCGGCGCCGAGAAAGGAGCAACGGAACCCUCUGCAGCCGGCCGGCCUCCCCGCCCCUGACCACUCGCUUCCCGGCUGCCUUUGUGGCCGCAGCUUCUCGCCGCCGAGCCGAGGGCCGGCGGGGGCGCGGCGCGCACGGCCGAGCGAUGCCCAGCUCCCUGUUUGCAGACCUGGAGCGCAACGGCAGCGGCGGCGGAGGGGGAGGCGGCGGCGGCGGCGGCGGCGGCGGCGGCGGCGGUGGUGGUGGCGGCGGCGGCGGCGGCGGGGGAGAGACCCUGGAUGACCAAAGAGCCCUGCAGCUCGCGCUCGAUCAGCUCUCCCUGCUGGGGCUGGACAGUGACGAGGGCGCCUCUCUGUACGACAGUGAGCCGCGCAAGAAGAGCGUGAACAUGACCGAGUGCGUGCCGGUGCCCAGUUCCGAGCAUGUCGCCGAGAUCGUGGGGCGGCAAGGUUGUAAAAUCAAAGCGCUGCGGGCGAAGACCAAUACUUACAUCAAGACCCCGGUUCGCGGGGAGGAGCCUGUCUUUGUUGUGACGGGCAGGAAGGAGGAUGUGGCCAUGGCUCGGAGGGAGAUCAUCUCUGCCGCGGAGCACUUCUCCAUGAUCCGCGCCUCGCGGAAUAAGAACACGGCGCUCAACGGCGCAGUGCCCGGGCCGCCCAACCUGCCUGGACAGACCACCAUCCAGGUGCGGGUGCCCUAUCGCGUGGUGGGGCUCGUGGUGGGGCCCAAGGGCGCCACGAUCAAGCGCAUCCAACAGCAGACGCACACGUACAUCGUGACGCCCAGCCGCGACAAGGAGCCCGUGUUCGAGGUGACUGGCAUGCCUGAGAACGUGGACCGAGCUCGCGAGGAGAUCGAGGCGCACAUCGCCCUGCGCACCGGCGGCAUCAUCGAGCUCACAGAUGAGAACGACUUCCACGCCAACGGCACGGACGUGGGCUUCGAUCUGCACCACGGGUCCGGCGGGUCCGGCCCAGGCAGCCUCUGGAGCAAGCCCACCCCCAGCAUCACGCCCACCCCCGGCCGCAAGCCCUUCUCUAGUUACCGCAACGACAGCUCCAGCUCGCUCGGCAGCGCGUCCACAGACUCUUACUUCGGCGGGGGGACCGGCGGCAGCACAGCCGCCACCCCGCGCCUGGCGGACUACAGCCCCCCCAGCCCCGCGCUCAGCUUUGCCCACAACGGGAACAACAACAACAACGGCAACGGAUACACCUACGCGGCGGGGGAAGCUUCCGUGCCUUCCCCCGACGGCUGUCCCGAGCUGCAGCCCACCUUCGACCCGGCACCGGCUCCCCCGCCUGGGGCGCCGCUGCUCUGGGCUCAGUUCGAGCGCUCCCCCGGAGGCGGCCCUGGGGCACCGGUGUCGUCAUCCUGCUCGUCCUCCGCGUCUUCGUCCGCUUCGUCGUCCUCCGUGGUCUUUCCCGGGGGCGGUGCCAGCGCGCCCGCCAAUGCCAACCUGGGGCUGCUGGUGCACCGCCGGCUGCACCCGGGCGCCAGCUGCCCGCGCCUGUCCCCGCCCUUGCACAUGGCGCCGGGGGCGGGCGAGCACCACCUGGCGCGCCGGGUGCGCAGCGACCCGGGCGGAGGGGGCCUGACCUACGCCGCCUAUGCCAACGGGCUGGGCGCGCAGCUGCCCGGCCUGCCGCCGUCGGACACCUCCGGCUCCUCGUCGUCGUCCAGCUCCUCGUCCAGCUCCUCCUCCUCGUCGUCGGGGUUGCGGCGAAAGGGCAGCCGCGACUGCUCCGUGUGCUUCGAGAGCGAAGUGAUCGCCGCGCUCGUGCCCUGCGGCCACAACCUCUUCUGCAUGGAGUGCGCCAACCGCAUCUGCGAGAAGAGCGAGCCCGAGUGCCCGGUCUGCCACACCGCGGUCACCCAGGCCAUCCGCAUCUUCUCCUGAAGGCGGCGCGCCUGCGCGCACCCGCGGGGGCCGAGGGGGGCCCCUCCCCUCCAGCCUCAGACCCCCACACCCUCGCCGCCGCCGCC